AUGGAUUUAGUUGACCCAACAAUGGUGACUCCAAGUAAGAGCAGAUUGGUGCGCACUUGUGCUAAGGUUUUGCAUAUUCGAGUUGUCCCUGAUGGUGGUCUCCCACAUGGGGGUCUUCCAUAUGGGGGUCUUCCACAUGGCAGUCUUCCGCAUAGUGGUCUUCUGCAUGAUGGUUUUCCACAUGGUCUCCUAUAUGGCGGUCUUUCACAUGGUGGUCUUUUGCAUGGUCUUCCACUUGGCGGUCUUCUACAUAGUGGUCUUUUGCAUGGUGAUCUUUCACAUGGAAGUCUUCUGUAUGGUGGUCUUUCAUAUGGCGAUUUUCCACAUGGUGGUCUUCUGUAUGGCGGUCUUUUGCAUGGUAGUCUUUCGCAUGGCGAUCUUUCAUAUAGUCUCCCACAUGGCAGUUUUUCGCAUGACAAACUGGGCACUUUUGAUUCCAUUCGUUAG